AUGAGGCCGCGCUCGGGCGGGCGCCCAGGGGCCCCGGGCCGCCGCCGCCGCCGCCUCCGCCGCCGCCCCCGCGGCCCCCGCGGCCACCGCUUGCCGCCGCCGCCGCCGCUGCCGCUGCUGCUUGGGCUGCUGCUGGCGGCCGCGGGGCCCGGCGCGGCGCGGGCCAAGGAGACGGCGUUCGUGGAGGUGGUGCUGUUCGAGUCGAGCCCGAGCGGCGACUACACCACCUACACCACCGGCCUCACGGGCCGCUUCUCGCGGGCCGGGGCCACGCUCAGCGCGGAGGGCGAGAUCGUGCAGAUGCACCCACUGGGCCUGUGUAAUAACAAUGACGAAGAGGACUUGUAUGAAUAUGGCUGGGUAGGAGUGGUGAAGCUGGAACAGCCAGAACUGGACCCGAAACCAUGCCUCACUGUCCUGGGCAAGGCCAAGCGAGCAGUACAGCGGGGAGCCACAGCAGUCAUCUUUGAUGUGUCUGAAAACCCAGAAGCUAUCGACCAGCUAAACCAGGGUUCAGAAGACCCGCUCAAGAGGCCGGUUGUGUAUGUGAAGGGCGCAGACGCCAUCAAGCUGAUGAACAUUGUCAACAAGCAGAAAGUGGCUCGGGCAAGGAUUCAGCACCGCCCCCCUCGACAACCCACGGAAUACUUUGACAUGGGGAUUUUCCUGGCUUUCUUUGUCGUGGUCUCCUUGGUCUGCCUCAUCCUCCUUGUCAAAAUCAAGCUGAAGCAGCGACGCAGUCAGAAUUCCAUGAACAGGCUGGCUGUGCAGGCUCUGGAGAAGAUGGAAACCAGGAAGUUCAACUCCAAGAACAAGGGACGCCGGGAGGGGAGCUGUGGCGCCCUGGACACGCUCAGCAGCAGCUCCACGUCUGACUGUGCCAUCUGCCUUGAGAAGUACAUCGACGGAGAGGAGCUGCGGGUUAUCCCCUGUACUCACCGCUUUCACAGGAAGUGCGUGGACCCGUGGCUGCUGCAGCACCACACCUGUCCCCAUUGUCGGCACAACAUCAUAGAACAAAAGGGCAACCCCAGCACUGUGUGCAUGGAGACCAGCAGCCUCGCGCGCAGCCGGCAGCAGAGGGUGAUCCUGCCGGUACACUACCCUGGCCGCGUGCACAGGACCAAUGCCAUCCCAGCCUACCCUACCAGGACAAGCAUGGACUCCCACGGGAACCCCGUCACGCUGCUCACCGUGGACCGGCAUGGGGAGCAGAGCCUCUAUUCGCCGCAGACCCCCACCUAUAUCCGCGGCUACCCACCCCUCCACCUGGACCACACCCUGGCCCCGCACCGCUGCAGCCUGGAGCACCGGGCCUACUCACCAGCCCACCCCUUCCGCAGGCCCAAGUUCAGCGGCCGCAGCUUCUCCAAGGCAGCUUGCUUCUCCCAGUAUGAGACCAUGUACCAACACUACUACUUCCAAGGCCUCAGCUACCCCGAGCAGGAGGGUCAGGCCCCACCCGGCCUCGCUCCCAGGGGCCCAUCCCGUGCCUUUCCCCCCAAUGGCAGCGGCAGCCUGCUCUUCCCCACGGUGGUGCACAUGGCCCCGCCCUCGCACCUGGAGAGUGGCAGCACGUCCAGCUUCAGCUGCUACCACGGCCACCGCUCAGUGUGCAGUGGCUACCUGGCUGACUGCCCGGGCAGCGACAGCAGCAGCAGCAGCAGCAGCUCAGGCCAGUGCCACUGCUCGUCCAGUGACUCGGUGGUGGAUUGUACCGAGGUCAGCAACCAGGGAGUGUACGGGAGCUGCUCCACCUUCCGGAGCUCCCUCAGCAGCGACUAUGACCCCUUCAUCUACCGCAGCCGGAGCCCCUGUCGCACCAGCGACGUGGGGGGCUCAGGCAGCUCAGGCCGGGGGCCUGUCGUGCACCUCGAGGGCUCCCCGCCAUCCGAGGAGCUCGCAGCAGCCCGUAGUCAAGGUGCUGGGUGUGGGGAGCCUUGGCCUGGCCCUGCCUCUCCCUUGGGGGACCAGCUGUCCACCUGCAGCCUGGAGAUGAACUACAGCAGCAACUCCUCCCUGGAGCACAGGGGGCCCAACAGCUCUACCUCAGAAGUGGGGCUCGAGGCUUCUCCUGGGGCCGCCCCGGACCUCAGGAGGACCUGGCAGGGGGGCCGUGAGGGGGCGUCGUGUGCCUGCUGCUGCGAGCCCCAGCCCCCCUCACUGGAGCCCAGCGUGGGAGCGGCUGGGGGCAGCACCUUGUUCCUGGGCCCCCCCCUCUGUGAGGGCUGUGGCCCCACAGGUGGGGAGUCACAGCCGGGAAGCUCCCAGGGCCUGUUUGGCCUUCACCCAGACCAUUUGCCUAGGACAGAUGGGGUGAAAUAUGAGGGCCUGCCCUGCUGCUUCUAUGAAGAGAAGCAGGCGGCCCACGGCGGCGGACGGGGCAGCGGCUGCUACGCUGAGGACUGCUCGGUGAGCGUGCGGUACACGCUCGCCCAGGAGCCCCCGCCCAGCUGCCCCCCGGGGGCCUGGGACUUGAGCCAGCGCAUCCCCAUCAUUCCCGAGGACGUGGACUGUGACGUGGGCCUGCCCUCAGACUUCCAAGGGACCCACGGCCUCGGCCUCUGGGGUGGGACGCUGGGCCCCGACGUGUUGCAGCCCCACAGGGACCUGGGGGGAGCCCAGGAAGAAGAGCAGGUUCUGUGCUGCCAGCCCAGGACACCACUGCUUCCUGACUGCCCUCCGGAUGAGGCGGGGGCCACCAGGGCCGGCUUCCCCAGUGCCUCCCAGGACAUUCAGGAGGCUAACACCACAGCCACUGAGGCUGCAGGACAGAGAUCUUGCCCAGCAGACAGCGGUGGUGGCACAAGAGCCUGAGCCCAGAAGGAACUCUUAUGUGGAAAUGGGAACUGUACGGAGACUCCAAACUCUGACUUCCUUCAAAAAAAAAAAAAAAUUUUUUUUUUUUUUAGCUUUGACAAACACACAAAAGUGGUAAUAAAGAGAGCCCUCCUUCUCAACCCAAAAUGUGAGCCCCCUGUGGCAACCCCCCCUCCCAUUAACAAACCAACAGACAAAAUUCUC